GAGAAAUCUAUCUAGUCAUUUCCUGUGCAAGCCCUUCUUCACUUUGCAAAAAGCUAUACAGUUGAGUAAAUAAUAACAGUCAGCGGUUAUUUCUUCUCACAGGCAGCCUGGAUUCUCUCAUGGACCACCACCAACUAGAAGUUCAACGCUGCACCAUCAAAAGAAUGCUAAUAUGAGCGUGGUCUUCUCUGCAGAAGAAGAGGGCUCUCACCCAUGGAUGUAAAUAAUUUUGGGUCUGCUUUCAUGCUUAUUAACACUUACUUGACUUGGUUUCUACGGAGAGAUUAUUUAACCUCUGAAGGAUCAGUUGGGAUUCCCCGUCAGAUCAGUUCUUGGGUGGAGCUUGCAGCAACUUGGGGUAAGUGCUGUGCUCUUCCUCUUUUGACAGCAGGGCUUUUUUUGUGCUGCACUACUCAAAAUGGCUUGGUAAAGUCGCAGAAGGAAACAGCUCUUGAGUAGAGAAGUGAAAGUUGAGCUGACAGAGUGAGCUGUCUGUUUCCUAGGAAAACACAAAGUGGAUGUAUAUAUUACGGGGUCUUUUUUUUUUUCCAAGAACCAUCUUGCUCUUGCUUUUAAACCAGACAUUCUGUCUGUAAAAGACUGACAAUAAAUAACUCUCUUGAGCGCUGUGGAGAAAUGGAAACUGCAGCUGAGAAAUGAUUUUGGGGAAAGGAAGACAGAAAACCACAAGCAAACUAUUAUGGAAGUACAAAUAGCCCUCUGAAGGAUUGGCAAAUGUACCAGCUAUGGAGUCUGGCUGUAGUCCCAGCAAGGGAGAUUUCUCUUCAGAGAAAAUCUGUUAACCAUUUGGAGGGAGUACAUGCGAAUAAGACGGAGUUCUUAAGCUCUGGUUCAGGUUUAAUCUCCCCGUGGGGAACGUCUGGUGAUCUGCAAGACCAUCUCUGCUAGAAAUGGAUAACUUCACAAACGGGCAGCCAGGCCCAGGUCAGCGGAACAGGUUGAUGGGGUUGCUAGAAACAGAUGACAGUAUCCCUGAAGAUAAACCUACAUCUAGUAAAAAGGAAGAAAGGUCAGGGCUACAUGGAAAGAAAGGAGAGCCUCAGCCCUUGGAGACACCUUACCAGAAGGAAAGCAGUGACUUCCCUCCUCAAGUCAAGAUUAAUCUGAACUAUCGGCCUGGACUUGUCAGCAAUCAGAAGGACCCCAAUCGCUUUGACAGAGACAGGCUUUUCAGCGCAGUCUCGAGAGGCAGCCCUGAGGCACUGAACGGCUUACUUGAGUACUUGAGGAGGACCUCGAAAUUUCUCACCAAUUCUGAAUACACAGAUGCAAAGACUGGGAAGACCUGCUUAAUGAAAGCCCUGCUGAAUUUAAAAAAUGGAAAAAAUGACACAAUCCCACUGUUGCUGGAAAUAGACCAAAAGACACAGAAUCCCAGGCCACUCGUCAAUGUGGCAUGCUCUGACUGUUACUACAGAGGCCAGACAGCACUCCAUAUUGCCAUAGAAAAAAGGAGCCUGGACUUAGUGAAACUUCUGGUAGAGAAUGGAGCUGAUGUCCAUGCCAGAGCCCAUGGCGAAUUCUUCAGGAAGAAGAAAGAGGGAGUUUGCUUUUAUUUUGGUGAACUUCCCCUCUCCCUGGCUGCUUGUACCAACCAGCUUGAGGUGGUAGAAUAUCUUCUAAACAACCCUCACCAAAAAGCCAGGCUCCAGGAGCAAGAUACACAGGGCAAUACAGUUCUGCAUGCCCUGGUGAUGAUUGCAGAUGACACUGAGGAGAACACCAAGUUUGUGAGCACAGUAUACGUUGAGAUCUUGAAGGCAGGUGUGAAGGUUGACCCAACAUGGAAACUGGAGGAGAUAGUGAAUUAUGACGGAUUAAAUCCUCUGCAGCUUGCUGCCAAGACAGGCAAAGUGGAGAUCUUCAAACACAUCAUCCAAAGAGAGAUCAAAGACCCAGUGUACAGGCACCUGUCACGCAAGUUCACCGAAUGGACAUAUGGGCCCAUCCACGUCUCCCUCUAUGACUUGUCCUCUCUAGACAGCUUUGAGGAAAACUCUGUGCUGGAGAUUCUGGCAUACAGCAGUGACACGCCGAAUCGGUACAAGAUGGUGGUUUUGGAGCCACUGAACAAAUUGCUUCAGCAAAAGUGGGAAACAUUUGCUUCCAAGAGAUUCUACUUCAGUUUUAUCUCAUACUUGUCAUUCAUGAUCAUAUUUACAGCCAUUGCCUACUAUCAGCCCUUACGGGUAAAGGUAAGCCCAGUGUUCUUUUAUCUAGCAAGGCCUGGAUGGAUGGAGAUGUGUUUUAAAAGGCUUGGGGUGGUUAUCAUCACUACUGCUGUCUGUCUUCAGUAUUUUUUUUUUCUUUUCUUGCAGCCUUCAUUUCCAGUGGAGUUCACGGCCGGAGGCUUCCUGUGGGUCUCUGGACUGAUAAUUAUCUUGCUAGGAGGCAUUUAUUUAAUUUUUGCUCAGAGUCUGUACCUGCGGAGGAGACGCCAGUCCCUGAAGACUAUGUGUUCUGACAGCUGUAUUGAGAUCUUGAUCUUCAUCCAGGCUUUCUCAUUGCUGUUGUCAGCAGUCCUGUAUGGUGCAAGUUCAGAAAACUACGUGGCGGUGAUGGUGUUCUCCCUGCUUUUGGGAUGGGUGAACAUGCUGUAUUACACUCGGGGCUUUCAGCGCACCGGGAUUUACAGUGUCAUGAUACAGAAGACUAUCCUGAGAGAUCUGCUGCGUUUCCUCUUGGUUUAUAUGAUCUUCCUCUUUGGCUUUGCUGCAGCUCUGGUUACCCUGAUGGGGGAUGCUCCUUCACUGUCUCAGAACAAGUCUGUUGCUCAGAUGGAGAAUGCUGGAAGCCAUGCUAUGUACGGGGGGCUGCUCAGCGUCUCCCUGGAGCUCUUCAAGAUCACCAUUGGGAUGGGUGACCUGGAUUUCCAGGAACAUGCCAGAUUCAGAUACUUCGUCAUGCUUCUGCUGCUGCUUUUCGUGAUCCUCACUUAUGUUCUUUUGCUCAACAUGCUGAUUGCGCUCAUGAGUGAGACUGUCACUGAUAUUUCUGGUGAUAGCAAAAGCGUCUGGAAGCUGCAGAGGGCUAUUGCUAUUCUGGAAAUAGAGAAGGCCUGGUUGUGGCGCCAAGGUGGGAAGAGGAGAUCUGGCUGCUUUAUGUCAGUGGGCCUCAAUAAGAAAGAUGAGAGAUGGUGCUUCAGAGUAGAGGAAAUUAAAUGGACAAAUUGGGCAAAGGAGGUGGGAGUUCUUAAGGAGGACCCUGGAAACACCAGUGAUUCAGAAAUAAAUCCAGAAGCUUCCUGCUGACAAAGGGCUGCUGUUUUUAUGUCUCCUGCUAUAGAGACAAGAUCAAGGAAACAGGUGCCACAGAAACAACUGAGAUCAGCUGUUUCAGAGGAGCAGUCACUACUGCAGCCCCAGCUAUCAGCAACUGAGAUGAUGCCUCUAGAGGGACAAACCAGAAAUCUUUAGCGUCUUCAAAGGAGUAGUCUUCCUAUAGCAGCUUGAAGAAUUGAAGGCAUUGUCAGUAUUAAAGUGCAUUUCACCGAAGACUGUGGUUCAGCCUGUGGCUUUAAGUGUUUUCAUGCACUUUAAUUAUGAAUUUCCUCUGAAGAAGCCAUUUUAUCUCAACCUUCUCUGCCUGACACUUUCUUAUUACUAUGUUUAAAGGUGCAAGAGCAAGAUCAUAGUGGCAGUGGGGAGUGGCCUUUGGGAGGGCAGUGCUUUGUCAGCUGCAUAGAAAUAAUGCUGUUUGCCAUAAAGAAGUGAAGGAUGGAGUUGACCUGCCUAAGAAUGGGUUGACUUAUUCUUUUGUCACAAAAGACUGCACUGAAGUGCUUUGGAAUAAAGAGUAUUUUAGAGGC